GAGGAGGCAGAGAGCUCUCAGCCUGAGGCGGGAGGGCUUCGAAGAUGUCCGCAUGCAGCGACUUCGUGGAACACGUCUGGAAGCCCGGCUCCUGCAAGAACUGCUUCAAUCCCAAGAGCUCCCACCGUCCGCGCACGGGACCUGCUGCCAGCGCAGAUGGGGCCAGGCCCCAGGGCCCCAUGCCGAACGAUGAAGGCGUAGCCACCUCUGCCUUCUCCAAGCCGACCAUCGCCGUGAAGCCGACCAUGAUAAGCUCAGAUGUUUCGGACACGUGGGCGGAUGUGAACGCAGACCUGGCGCAGGUCAGCUGGGUGCCGGGCAAGCACCUCCUCCUGAAAGCAGGGGAUGCGCAGCGGAUCUGCCUCGACGGCUUCGGCGGCACACGGGCGCCCUUCGCCCGCUGCGCGCCCCGCGACCCGGCCCGCACCGCGCCGAGCGCGCGGCCGGCCCCAACGAGGAGGCUGGACCUGGAGCUCAGCAGCAGUCCCCAAACUGAGGGCCUGGGCGCUGCCCUGGUGGAGCCGCCCCGCGGCGACCCCAUCUACGCUGAGAGCAGUAAGAGGAGGAAGGCGCAGGCGAAGGGCCCGGGUGGGCGUGCGGCGGCCCGCAGGGAGGGCGCCGAGCGGGAGCACCACGACGUGGGCGGGCAGGUGGCGGCCAGGAUCACCGUCAUGGCGGCGCACACUGAAGACGAGCACAGGACCAUCUUCCUCAGCAGCCCGGACUCGGCCGUGGGUGUGCAGUGGCCCUGCGUGAGCCCCGCUUCCCAUGGCGACUUCGGGAGCUCCUCGCCCGCCUUGGAGCCCACAGAGACCUUGCAAGCACCCGGCAGCGACAGCAGCCCACGGCUCCACCUGGCAGCGCCCGCCAAGGCCGAGGGCCCGGCCAUUCCCCCGAAGAUGUCCAAAAGCAGCCAGCCAGGCGGCGAGGGGACGCGGGCGCCCCUGGACAGCGCCGUGGUGGCACGGUUUGGCGAUGGCAAUAGCCACGACGGGAGCGGCACUCAGUUGAUGCUGCAGAGCCAUACGGACAUGGGGGCCUGUGGAACAUCUCCUCCUCCGUGCGCCCACGUCCCUGCAGAGGAGGCCAGCAGAGGCUUGACCGGCGAGAGGAGGCCAAAAUCCUAUGCAGCAGCAUGGAGCAAGCAGUGCCGGAUAGAGGAAGAGGAAGAGGAGGAGGAGGAGCAGCUGGCAACCCCUCCGCGGGCAGGGAGAGUGGGGGAGCGGAGCGCGGGCGCCCACCUUGCCGACGACUGCCCGAUGCCGGAGAGCCGGACUGGGAUCAGCAAGUCUUCUUCUUUCUCCUUUGAUUUCCCUAAGGACAAAGGCGACUUUGCACCGCCACCACCGCCACCACCGAAAAAGCAGUCCAGGCAUGCACUGAAGAUGGAGCCGUGCAGCACUGAGCUGGAGAGGGUCAGCAGCAGCUCCGCCGAGAGCCUCAGCCCACCCUUCCGGAGCGUCCACGUCAGCUUCACGGCCGGCUCCAGCGACAGCCUCGACUCGGACGCGCGGACCGGCAGCGAUGGCGGACACUCGUUGGAGCCGAACCACUCGCCACCAGUGGCCGAGAGCCGAGCGUUUCCUCCCAUGCCUUUUGCUGCUGACCCCUGUGAGGACAGUGCCCCCUCGGACCCCAGCGACCCGCCCCCGCUGCCCCAGAAGAAGACGGUGAGCAGGGCCUUGUCCUCCCCAGACGGCUUCUGCUGGGGACCAUCCUCUUCGGCAAUAGCGGCCGGCACGAGGCUGAACGUCAGCCACUCCGACAGCAACGUCUGCCUCCGCGAGGAGCCCCCCUUGGGCUACCCUGCGUGCCUGGGGGGGCCCCCCGGCGCUUUCUCCUCCUCUGAGUCUCUGGACAGAGGCUCCAAAGGGAAUGGCUCCUGGGACUCUGCCGCCAGCAGGAGCACGGGGAGCUGCAUGCCCAGCCGAAACCACCAGGCCCUUUCCUCCUCGCAGCUCAGCGUCUCCAGCCAGGCAUCCUCGGGCUCCAGCCUCCAGCUCCACAACCUCCUCAGCAACAUCGAGAGCAAGGAAGGGGUGUACGCCAAGCUGGGGGCCCUCUACGCCGAGUCAGUGCGGCGCCUGGUCGCUAAGUGCGAGGACUGCUUCAUGCGGGAGCAGAAGAACGAGCUGCACUUCAGCGAGAACAACUGGUCGCUCUUCAAGCUGACAUGCAACAAGCCCUGCUGCGACUCAGGGGACGCCAUCUACUACUGUGCCACCUGCUCCAAGGACCCCGGCACCACCUAUGCCGUGAAGAUCUGCAAAGCUCCGGAGUCGAAGGGGGCCACUUCAUACUGCAGUCCCGCGGUGCCCGUGCACUUCAACAUCCAGCAGGACUGUGGGCACUUCGUGGCCUCCGUGCCCUCCAGCAUGCUGCUGUCCUCGGGCGGCGGCGGCGGCGGGGAGACCCACCCCGGCGCGGGCAUCCCGCUGCCCAGCCAGACCACGGCCGACUUCGUGAGGGACUCGGUGGCGCUGCACCAGGCCAAGCCUGAGCUCUACGAGCGCCGCGUCUGCUUCCUGCUGCUGCAGCUCUGCAACGGCCUGGAGCAUCUCAAGGAGCACGGCGUCAUCCACCGCGACCUGUGCCUGGAGAACCUCCUGCUGGUGCCCUGCAGGCCGCCCAUGAGCUGCGCCAAAGCCAAAGACGACAAACACUUGCCCCGCCUCAUCAUCAGCAAUUUCCUGAAAGCCAAACAGAAGCCAGGAGCUGGAGACUCCAAGCUGAAGAAGAGCCAGGCCCGGCUGGCCCCGGAGAUUGUGUCGGCCUCUCAGUACAAGAAGUUUGACGAGUUCCAGACUGGCAUCCUCAUUUACGAGCUGCUGCACCAGCCCAACCCCUUUGAGGAGAAGGUGCACCUGCGCGAGCAGGACUACAGCCCCGAGGACCUGCCGGCGCUGCCCAGCCUCUCCAUCUACUCGCGGGGGCUGCAGCAGCUCGCCCACCUACUCCUGGAGGCCGACCCCAUCAAGCGUGCGCGCAUCGCCGAGGCCAAGCGCAUGCUGCAGUGCCUGCUCUGGGGGCCCCGCAAGGACCUCACGGAGCAGCCCCUCAAGCAACAUGACGAGGCGCUGCGCCAGGCGCUGCGCAACUGGCUGGACAUGAAGCGCGCGCUGCUCAUGAUGAAGUUCGCCGAGCGCGCCGUGGACGCCGAGCGCAGCGUGGAGCUCGAGGACUGGCUCUGCUGCCAGUACCUGGCGGCCGCCGAGCCCGCCGCCCUGGCGUCUAAUAAACUCCUGCCUGCGUGUGUGUGCGUUUCUACUGAGCACCACGUCCUGGAGGUGAUUCCUGCGCCUGGGGCCUUUGCUUUCUUCCCCUGCCCACUCCUGGCCUGGCAGCAAGGUCUGAUCAGCACGGCAUGA